GAACAAAAAGUCUUGAUUGAUAAUACUGCUGACAUCUUGGUCAUUGCUGCCUAUUUCCUGCUGGUCAUUGGAGUUGGCUUGUGGUCUAUGUGUAGAACCAACAGAGGCACAGUUGGUGGCUACUUCCUGGCAGGACGAAGCAUGGUGUGGUGGCCGGUCGGAGCCUCUCUCUUUGCCAGCAACAUCGGCAGUGGCCACUUUGUGGGCCUGGCAGGGACUGGUGCUGCAAAUGGUUUGGCUGUGGCUGGAUUUGAGUGGAAUGCUCUGUUUGUGGUGCUGCUACUCGGCUGGCUCUUCGCGCCUGUGUACCUGACUGCGGGUGUCAUUACCAUGCCACAGUACCUGCGCAAACGCUUUGGCGGUCAUCGUAUACGCCUCUACCUGUCUUUGCUCUCGCUUUUCCUGUACAUCUUCACCAAGAUAUCGGUGGACAUGUUCUCCGGAGCGGUAUUCAUUCAGCAGGCUCUGGGCUGGAAUAUCUAUGCUUCUGUCAUCGCACUCCUGGGGAUCACCAUGAUUUACACUGUAACAGGAGGGCUAGCAGCGCUGAUGUACACGGACAUGGUGCAGACCUUCGUUAUUCUUGCGGGGGCCUUUAUCCUCACGGGUUAUGCUUUCCACGAGGUGGGCGGGUACUCGGGACUCUUCAACAAAUACCUGGGAGCAGUGACUUCGCUGACGGUGUCGGAGGAUCCAGCCGUGGGCAACAUAUCCAGCUCCUGCUAUCGACCGAGGCCUGACUCCUAUCACCUGUUCAGGGACCCUGUGACAGGGGACCUGCCGUGGCCCGCACUGAUCCUGGGGCUUACCAUAGUCUCGGGCUGGUAUUGGUGCAGCGACCAGGUCAUAGUGCAGCGCUGCCUGGCCGGAAAGAACCUGACCCACAUCAAGGCGGGCUGCAUCUUAUGCGGCUACCUGAAGUUGACGCCCAUGUUCCUCAUGGUCAUGCCGGGCAUGAUCAGCCGUAUCCUUUAUCCGGAUGAAGUGGCAUGUGUGGUGCCGGAGGUGUGUAAGCAGGUGUGCGGCACCGAGGUGGGCUGCUCCAACAUUGCCUACCCAAGGCUGGUGGUGAAGCUCAUGCCCAAUGGUCUGCGUGGACUCAUGCUGGCUGUAAUGCUGGCUGCACUCAUGUCCUCACUGGCCUCCAUCUUCAACAGCAGCAGCACACUUUUCACCAUGGACAUCUACACCCGCCUGCGGCCUUGCGCAAGUGAUGGGGAGCUGCUGCUAGUUGGAAGGCUCUGGGUGGUGUUCAUUGUGGCAGUAUCGGUGGCCUGGCUACCAGUAGUGCAGGCAGCACAGGGUGGGCAGCUCUUUGAUUACAUCCAGUCAGUUUCCAGCUACCUGGCACCACCAGUGUCUGCGGUCUUUGUGCUUGCACUCUUCGUGCCCCGAGUUAACGAGAAGGGCGCCUUCUGGGGACUGGUUGGGGGCCUGCUGAUGGGCCUAGCACGCCUUAUUCCUGAGUUCUCCUUUGGCUCUGGCAGCUGUGUGCGACCCUCAGCAUGCCCUGCGUUCCUCUGCCGGGUGCACUACCUCUAUUUUGCCAUUGUGCUCUUCAUGUGCUCCGGCCUCCUCACUCUUAUAGUCUCCUUGUGCACUGCACCCAUCCCACAAAAGCACCUCCACCGCCUGGUUUUUAGUCUCCGACACAGCAAGGAGGAACGGGAGGACCUGGAUGCUGAUGAGCUGGAAGGCCCAGCCUCUCCCCCUGUACAGAAUGGGUGCCUGGAGCAUACAGUAGAGAUAGAAGGUAAGGUACUGCCCAAGGAGUGCCUUGAGGAGACCGGGAGCCCACUCCUACAGACUAACUGCAGCCCUCCGUUUCUCCCAGAGUCUCAGUCUGCAGACCCAGGCCCCUUCUACCGGUGCCUGCUCUGGUUCUGUGGAAUGAACAGCGGUCGGGCAGGUAGCCCUCCACCCCCUACUGAGGCUACUGAAGCAGCCAGGCGGCUGGAGGACAUCAGUGAGGACCCCAGGUGGACCCGUGUGGUCAACCUCAAUGCCCUGCUCAUGAUGAUUGUGGCCGUGUUCCUCUGGGGCUUUUAUGCAUAG